UUCGUACUAAUUUACAAACCAUGACACAAUAAUCAGUCCAAGCAGUAUGUUGUUAUCUGUAAUAUUUCUGCUGUUAACUCUGUUACCCGCAUCUGCGCAACAAUGCGAGGACAUAGAGACAUCACUUUGUGACCUGAUGCUGAACAGGUUGCCAGAAAUGUGCGGUGAUCCGUGUCUUGCAAAAUUCUGUAAAAGAUCUUGCGGAUUAUGCCCAUUGAAAUGUUACACCUGUACAGAAGUAAAGGAUGUAACAAACUGUACUACAUUUACAACAUGUUCUGAUGCUAAUGACUAUUGCUUCACUGCACAGACAUUUACGGCACAUUUUACUGAGGCUUACAGACUUGGAUGCGGCAGUAGGCAGACUUGUCUCCAGUAUUCCCCAAUAUCAUCAAAGUUCAGAUCCAGUAUUGAAGCCGGGUGUUGUAAUACUGACAAAUGUAACAACAAACCACCGCCAUUACUUCAUAUAACUCCGCCACAGAAUUAUUCCUCUAUCACAACAACUGCAGACCCUUCUGUGUGUAUGAACAAAGAUGAUGAUAUAUGUACACGUCUAGCUUUUUACCUACCAAAUCUGUGUUCAGAUGAUUGUGUAUCGUCAAAGAUAUGUCCACACAUGUGUCGGAAAUGUUUUUAUUGCCUUGAUUGUUAUGAAGUUGAUCAUCCAGACAACUGCACUCAAUCAACAGCUUGCAGUGAUGGGAAGGAAUGUUAUGGACUUGAAAAAUUGGGAUCAAACUUUAAAACUGCAGUUCAACUCGGAUGCAUUGACCGGAGCUUGUGUGAUCAACUACAGUCACCCUCAGGCCAUGUCUUUGGACGAAGAGAUUUUACUUUCACUGGUGGAUGUUGCAAGGGAGAUAAAUGUAAUGCACAUCCAAAGUCUCAAACAAUAUCAACUACGACUACGACAACCACGGCCCAACCACACUGUUCAAAUCGUUAUCAUCGAUGCCCGAUUGGUUUUCGUCAGCAUGGAAAUAAUUGUUAUCUCUUUGGUAAUCAGAGGGUAAAUAAACACGAAGCUCUUAGAUUCUGUCGAAGUCAUUGCGCAGACCUCUUUUAUAUUCAAUCUAACUCUGAACUCUCUGCAUUCGCACAAUACCAACACAAUGGAUAUAUAGACGUGUUUACGGGGUUGGUACGAGAUCAUCGUCAGGGAUGGAUUUGGAGCCACAAUGGUUCGCCGAUCCAGCAGUCCGUGCAGGUUAAUUUAUUCCUUAAUUAUAAUCAACAUGUAACUGGACAAAAUUGUGCGACAGCUAAUUACCAAUACAGCAAUAAUAAUGGCCAUUAUAGUUUAAGAGCAGUACCGUGUACAGAUUUACAUCAUCCAUUUUGUAAACUGGAAAUGGGAUAA